AUGGGAAGAUGCAUGCAUGUGGCCUCCCUCCCUCUACUUAAACCAAGUGGCACAAGACCUCACUGCACAAGACAGAGGCACAUCCGAUACCUCCAUCCACACACUGCCUGCCCACUGCCACAACCACCAAGGGCGACAGAGCGGCCGCCAGCCAUGUCGCCGCCUACCAUGUUCACGUUGCAGCUGCUCCUUGUCCUGGUGGCCGCAACCACCACGGCCGCUCCUGCGGUCCUCGGCGGAGGAAAGCACCACCGCGGCGUCCUCAGCACCCCCGUCCGCCGGCUCAAGCCGGACGUGCGGGUGUCGAAGAUCGGCGGCGGCGGCGCCGGCGGCGGCGCUGUCACCGUCACCUCCGUCGGCGAGGCGUUGCGUCUCUGGAAUAAUCUGACAGGAGGGCACUUCGUCAUCUAUGUGACCGCCGGCACCUACGAAGAGCAGAUCAUCGUACAACAAAGGCGCACCAACGUGGUGCUUAUCGGCGACGGCGUCGGCCGCACAAUCAUCACGGGAGCCCUGUCCGAUAGGACAGGGCACAACGUGAUGCAAUCGGCCACAAUCAGUGUGUUUGCUGAUGGUUUCAUGGCUCGGGACGUGACGAUUCAAAACACGGCGGGCGGGCCAGGCAUCAACCAGGCCGUGGCUCUCCGGGUCCAGGCUGACCGAGCCGUGUUCUACCGGUGCCAGAUACACGGGUAUCAGGACACCCUCAUGGCCGAAUUGCACCUGCAAUUCUACCGUGAGUGUGAGAUAUCAGGCACCGUAGACUUUAUUUUUGGGGAUGCGACAGCCGUGUUUCAGGACUGCAUCGUCUUGGCACGCCGGCCGGCCGACGGCAAACACGACGUCAUCACCGCUCAAGGCCGCGGAGCACAUCUCGGUGGUUCUGGGUUCGUGCUGCAGAACUGCAGCAUCACCACGGCGCCAGGGGAGACCUACCUGGGCCGUCCUUGGAAGGACCACGCAACCGUGGUGUACAUGUUAUGCACCAUCGACGACAUCAUCCACGCGGACGGAUGGGUGGCUUGGAACAAGACCAACCCCAAGGAACGCGUCAAAGGUGGCGUCACUCCUGGCCACGAGGGCCACCUUUUCUUUGGUGAGUUCGCGAACCACGGCGCCGGCGCCAAUGUCGACCACCGCGUCGACUGGCAUGGGUUUCAUCGCCUCAACGAGGCACAGGCUAGGCUGUAUGCGCCGGGGAGGUUCAUCCAGGGAGGCGCCUGGCUUCCCCAGACAGGGGUCCCACAUUAUCUGGGCCUCCGUGAUGGUGAGUAG